AUGGCCAAGUACAAGAAAUCCGGCGGGACGCCAUCGUUUGGCCGCCAACGAGCUAUCCAACGGAAGUUAGUUGUAUGUGGGGACGGCGCGUGCGGCAAGACAUCAUUGCUCAACGUCUUCACUCGCGGUUGGUUCUCUGCUGUAUAUGAGCCCACUGUGUUCGAGAAUUAUGUUCACGACCUGUACGUCGACGAUCAACUGGUGGAGUUGAGCUUGUGGGACACAGCCGGCCAGGAAGAGUUUGAUCGACUACGGUCGUUGAGCUACGCAGAGACACAUGUGAUCAUGUUGUGUUUCUCGGUCGAUAACCCUACUUCCCUGGAGAAUGUUGAGGCAAAGUGGAUACCGGAGAUGCUCGAAUAUUGUCCUGGAGUGAAGGUACCCCUCAAAUGCGACCUGCGAGAAGAUCAGGAGACGCAACUUCGCCUGGCCCGAUACAAUAUGCACACCGUACAAUAUGAGGAGGGCCUCGCCGUCGCCCGCCGCAUACGAGCCUCCAGAUAUCUCGAGUGCAGUGCCAAGCACAAUCGUGGGGUGAACGAGGUCUUCUACGAAUCAGCACGGGUAUCCCUCAGUACGCGUGCAAAAGGCUCAGCGAGCUACGGGAGUGGACGGAGCGGCUGCAUUGUUGCAUAG